AUGUUAAAUAUUACUCCCAUUAAUAUUGACAAAUGGCUAUCGGAGAAUAGUCAUUUGUUGAAGCCACCAAUUAACAACUAUUGUUUACACCAUGAUGGGUUCACAGUGAUGAUCAUUGGGGGGCCGAAUGAGAGGACUGAUUAUCACAUUAAUCCAACGCCAGAAUGGUUUCAUCAGAGAAAAGGAUAUAUGACACUUCGUGUUGUGGAUGAGUCCUUAUCAGGAGACGCAAAAUUUAUAGAUAUUAUCAUAAAUGAGGGUGAUUCAUAUUUACUAGCAGCAAAUGUUCCUCAUAACCCUGUUCGUUAUGCAGACACUAUUGGUAUCGUAGUUGAACAGAACAGACCUAAAGAUCAAUUGGACCAUUUACGUUGGUAUUGUCACAAUUGUAAGGAAAUUGUUUGCCAAAUGGAUUUCUAUAUGGAGGACUUGGGUACUCAAGUGAAGGAAGGGGUCUUGGCUUUUGAAGGCGAUAUUGAGAAAAGAACAUGUAAAAAAUGUGGCACUUUGAAUUUCUCUAAACCUCAAUGA